UAGUAGAAAUAGGUUUUUAUUAUGCAAAUCGUUAGCAGAGAUUUCAACGAAAAACGUAAUUCAACUUUGUCAUCUUUUGUAAGGAAUACAUCAUGCAGUCGUGGCUGGUUACGACUAGUUGUUCAAAUAACAUUCGGUGUUAUCACAGUGGUCAGUUUUAUUCUGAUAGUCCUUAUGGCGUACCGUGGUCCAAUACAAAGACCUCCCUCAAAUAAUAACCGUUGUAAAGCAGAUAGUUGCAGAGUUGUGUGUUAUAAUGCACCUUAUUAUAACAGUUAUGAAGAAGAUAUUAUAAAUACUGCAAUAGAUACGGAAUCAAACUGUGAAAGAAUGUUUUUGACAUUGAAAAAUCCUAUGUUCGUUAAUUCUACGCUACCAUUAAAUUGGUUAUCUGGUUUGCGAUCUAAAAUACGUUCAUUAACUGUUAUAGGAGGAAAUCUAAAACAUAUACCUCCCAACUCUUUUAUGAGUACAUUUGCUAGCAAUGUUAGGACUUUGUCUCUCGAAGAUGUAACAUUAACCACUUGGUUACCAGAAACUUUUAUAGGUCUAUCUAAUAUUCAAGAGCUGUUGAUUAAAAACACCAAACUAUUAACUAUUCAUUCCAGUGCAUUAAAAACAAUUGAUGAUACUUUAACUACUUUAGAUAUCAAGGCCAAUAAUAUAUGGAAUCCUAUAAACGUAACUGGUUCAGCUAACCCUGUCAAACUGACUACAGUGGAUUUUUCUAGAAAUAUAUUUAUAGAUAUACUAAACAAGAAUAGCUUUUCUCAAUUACAAAAUUGUAAAAUAUUAUAUCUGAACUCAUGUAAAAUCUCUGUUAUAGCUAACGGCACAUUUGAUAAUUUAUUGACUCUAAAACAUAAACCACGGAUCAAUUUACAAGACAAUCCCUGGAGAUGUGAAUGUACGAUAAAUGAUUUAAGGAAAUUGCACAUACAUGAUCUAUUGAUUGUUGAACCAACAUGUUACUAUCCCAAGGAAGUACGAGGAUUAACGUUUUCUGAAUUUGAAAAUUAUUGUUCAUCCAAUGAUUCAAAAACACAAAUUAUCGUACCAGAUACAAACGAUAAUGAACACUUUAAUAGGAGCAAUCAAACUUUAAACAUUGAGAAUAAACUAUCGUGCGAUUACGACACUGAAGUUGACUACGAAAUGACACCUUUGAUUUCAACCUCUAAUAAAUAUCGUUGUUCAAGCUACAGAGUACAGAAUUACAAAUUAAUACCGACAGUUUCAAAUAGCCUAUGCGAUCUGUUUUCUACAGACAACAAAUGGCUUAAGCCUGUUUUUUAUUCGAAAAGUCAACCACAGUCAGUAAUAGAAAUAUCUUCAUACGGACCUUCUAAUUACGGCUUACUAUGGUAUAGAGCAAACUGUCCACUGGAAAUAUACUGUGUUUCCAGUUUACCUCAAGUGCUUAGAAUUUUUAAUGCAGAUAAAAACAAUCAUUACGUAUUUUGCCGGUUUUAUAAUAAAACAGUAUUGACUGAUGAAUGUGUUGUUUACAAUUUUUCAAAAUCUGAACAACCGUAUCGAAGAAACCCUAUAUACUUAUUAUGUACAAUAACAGCUAUCGUUUGUCUGUCAUUCGGUGCUCUUAUAGUUUACGGUUUAAUUCGUAAAAAUCCUGGACUAUUGAAAGGAAGCAAAAGAGUACUUUUUGUGAAACAUAAACAAGUUGAUGCAUUGGUUCUUCCACCUAAAGUACCUUUAAGAAACAAUCAGAUGAAAGAAGCAUAUUUUUCAAAGAAUAGCAAUAGGAAUAUAUUUAUAAUGUCACCUGAUUUGAAUAAUUUACCGAUGAAAUUUACAAGAAUGAAUUCAACGAGAAGUACCAACAGUAGUAACCCCAGUUAUAUUUCGGCGAUACAACCGAGUGAGGAUCAACUUGCACAAUGGCGAUUAAAGCAUUAUUUGGAGAAACAAUCUACCGUACAUUCCCUUGAUUCAUGUACGUCCUCAAUAUCUUGGAUUUAUGACGCUGAUACUGUACCGUAUUUUCCACUUGAUUCUAAAGAACCGACUUAUGAAAUUGUUAAAAAGAUGUAAUCGUUCUUUACAUUUUAAUUUUUAUCGUCACAAAUUUUGGCAGCUCUUAGUGUAAACAUUACAUUUAUA